AAUGCCGCUACUGCAGGCUCGCCAAACCCGCUGCACAUUUUGAUGUAAAACCAACACGGCGACAGCGUUUUGCUCACAACACCUAUCCAAUUAAGCUUGGUGGACAAUAAAGUAAUGGAGUCGUUGCACACCCAAGGGAUUUGGGUGGCUGAAACUCUCCAGGAAAGCACGAAGGAUCUGGAAAAAUACUGGCUUUUCAUCACCCAUUUUGGAGAUCCGAAAGCAGCUUUUUUACUUGUUUUUCCUUUUACGUAUUUUAUCAGCAGACGAGCCGGAGUUGCGGUGCUUUGGGCAGCAGCUCUGUCAGAAUGGCUGAACCUGGUGUUUAAAUGGAUGCUCUUUGGGGAAAGGCCAUUCUGGUGGAUUGGUGAAUCUCAACUAUUUAUGGGCUCGCAACCCAAAGUUCACCAAUAUCCAUCGACCUGUGAAACCGGCCCAGGCAGUCCAUCGGGUCAUGCGAUGGUCACAGCAGCGGUCUGGUGGGUCGUGGUGUCCUCACUGGGAUCAUAUUUAUACUACCAUACUCACAAUGUGGUGGUAUCCGCCGCUCCUUAUGUCGUAUAUGUGGGGCUGCUCGUUGCAGUUGGACUCUCCAGGAUUUUUAUCCUCGCCCAUUUCCCCCAUCAAGUCAUUGCUGGCACCAUUACAGGGUCAAUUCUGGGUGUUGUCCUGAGCCGCAGGGUGCCAGAAGGUCGCCCCCUGCUGUUCUUCUUCAGCCUCAGCAUCGGCCUGCUGCUCAGCGCUGUGAUCCUCAGCGUUGGAUUGCAACAGCUGGGUGUCGAUGUUUCCUGGUCUAUUGCUUUGGCUAAGAAAUGGUGCAGCCGUGCCGAGUGGAUCCGUUUGGAUACGGCCCCGUAUUCCUCUCUGACCCGAGACUGCGGCGCCCUCCUGGGUUUGGGGCUGGCGCAGCACUGGAAGCCGGGCGGGUGGCCCCUGCCCUGGGCCCCCAGAGCUCUGUCUUUAGCCAUUUCAUCCAUGGGACUUUACCACGUGAAUCGUCUGCCGCUCCCUGUCCAACCGCAGGGCCUUUUCUACACGCUUUUCUUCUUCAAAUUUGUUCUGGUUCCCCUGAUCGUCAUGGUGCUCGUGCCUGGGCUGGUGCACCUUUUCACACGCAAGAAGAAGAAAGAUUAGAAGGGAGUUUUUCCUCAUGUUACAGGUGUCUUCCACACCUCUAAGGACUCCAGCUUUCUUCUGAGUUUGUAUCUGCCUGAAAUAUUUUAAAUACUUUAAAUGUUUUAGGGCUUCUCCCAUGGCCAGUGGAGUCAUUUAGUAUCUCAAACUGGCUUCACGUAUUACAGGUCAUCUGCCAAUGUUCUUUGGUUUGGUCAUUGAUUUAAUUUAUUUUUUUUCUUUUAAAUUUGCUUGUACAUAAACCUCACGUAUUGGGGAUAUUAAAGAAUCUUCCUUUGCAGUGAAUGUACAGUUAUUCUGGUUAGUCUUUUAAAUUCAGCCUAAUUGUUCUUUUGUGGCUAAAUGUUGUCUGGGAAAAGUGCAGUUUUCAUGUUUUGUGCAUAAAAAAAGAUCUAUGUAAGAGCUUUACAAUAUAUUGUUAGAAAUAGGCAGUAGUAGUCUAUAUGCAAUGCUUCACACUCCAGAUUUUUGCAGAAUAAAUAAAUAAAAAAAAAAAAAAAACCUAAUGUCUGAACACUGUUGACCAAGUGUGAAUGAUCAACAGUGUUAACAAUCUUGGCUUAAUAUUGCACCGAUGUUUACUCUACCUGUACCAGUGUUUGUUUUUUGGACCAACAGAAAAGACAAUCUCAUUCCUAUGUAAUGCAUAAAUCAGUAAAAUCAAUAAACUGACAUGCA